UGGUUAAAUAAAGGUUAAUAAUAAUGAUCGUGUACCAUCAGAGCCAUGUUUCACAAUGCUCAGCACAUUUGUAACCAUGACAUCAUUGCCUUCAGACAUGUCAUCCAGCCCAGAUGACUCUUUUCAUUAGGAUUUCCUUCCAAAAGGUUCAACGAAAACCCAAACGUAUAAAAUGUGAGGCAAUUUUUCCCAAUGGAAAUAAUAUCAAUCCAAUUGAUCCACUGCAAGCACCCAAAAUAUGAACAAAAUACAUUUUAUAGACCAUCAUUGUAGUUUGACAUGUGGACAGUUAUUGUUGAAGCGGGCUUCCUGUACAUCCCGGUUAGAUGGAAUUUAUUCAAUCGAGUUUCUCACCUUCUGCAUGAAAUUGCUGCCCCCCAUGGUGGGUUGUUUAGCAGUCACACGCAAUAAAUCAAAAAUGCACGGCUAGUGAGUCAGCAAGGUGUAGGGUGCUUUGUUUGGCCACCCCAUUCCGUGGAACCAUAUACGACAGCGCAAACGCACUCCAGGACUACAUUACGUGCAAAAUGUAUGAAAACAUUUCUUCAACAAUCGUUGAUGUAAACUGAAUCGUACAAUUGACUGUGACCAGAAACAUUUAUGACUUAAUUUUCUACUGCUAAUUAGGGGUGUGAGGGCUGGGCAGUAUUUCAAUAUUAUCAUGCUUUGGUAUGGAAACUAAAGUGCUUCAUACAGCUUUCAUGAUUUGAAUAUGAACCAUAAGAAAGUGCAAACUCCUGGCAGAUAAUUCUCCAAAUAAAUACAAAAAACAAAGUAAAAAUCAAGAAAUGGGAAUAGUUGAUAAGUUUCCUUUUUAGUCAAGUAGAGAGUUGUGAUUCAGCAUUGGCCAGCCCCCCGCAAAUGUGCUCAUUUUUGGUCAAAAUUAUUUUUACAAAAAUAUUUUUUUUUCUCUCAUAGAUAAAUAAGCCUUUUUUCUGCAAGAGUCACAUCUCAUUCACACUUCAUAAAUGUGUGAUAAUACAGAUCAAAUACAUGUACCAGUGCUGGAAAACCUUUGUGUCGUGCUUCACUCAUCGUCUUUUUUCUCAAGCUCAAAGAUUUUCCACUUUUUCGUCAGUCCUUGAAUGCACCACAGCUGCGGAAGGCAGAAGGUUGACUUGGAAUUGGUGGACAUGUAGAGCUGGGUGUCAUCCUCAGGGCAGUGCCAAUGGACUUGAUGUUUCUCAAAGAUACGACAGCCAAGCGGAAGGAUACAGCUGAUGAAAGGAGGGGUCUGAGGACAGGGCCCUGGGGCACAGCUCUGAUGAAAGAGAGUGAGUGCAAGAUCACGCUAACAGAGACGGUGCUGUUCCUGGUCCAGUACACGUCUCAGGAGUUUGACCGGUUAGAGAAGACGGUGGCCACAGGAGACUGCUGCUAUCUCAAUCCGCUAGUGCGCAGGACCUUUCGAUUCCUUGGAGUUUACACCUUCGGCCUCUUCACGGUGGACAUCUUUGUCAACGCUGGCCAGGUAGUGACUGGAAACCUGGCACCUUAUUUUCUGACCAUCUGCAAACCAAACUACACAGCUCUGGGGUGCUACCAGGCCCUGCGCUACAUCAGCCAUCAGGAGGCCUGCACAGGAAACCAGGACGAUAUCCUGCACGCCCGAAAAACCUUCCCAUCCAAGGAAGCUGCUCUCAGCAUCUACGCUGCACUCUACAUGGCUAUGUACGUGACAUGCACAGUUCAGGCAAAAGGAACUCGCCUCGCCAAGCCGGUGUUGUCCAUGGCACUGGUGUGUCUGGCCUUCAUCACAGGACUCAAUCGCAUCGCUGAAUACCGCAACCACUGGUCAGACGUGAUUGCUGGCUUCAUCAUUGGCACUGCCAUUGCCACCUUCCUGGUGGUGUGCGUGGUGCAUAAAUUCAAAGGCAAGUUAUUACUGAAUGAAGACACAGCAGCAGAAUGGCAAGCCAACACAGCACUGCUGGCCAUGGACGGUCCUCUGGAGAAAUACAUCACCUCACAGAAUCACAUCACCUUCGCAGAGGUCACAUGACAUGGAGUCAGCUGUGUGGCAAACCCAUCGGACAUCCACACCCCCCACCAGACAAUCCAACCAGCCCAAGUGCAGCAGUAAAACCUUAUCGUGUGUGUGUGUGUGUGUGUGCAUUGUUCCAUCUUCCUCUUCAUCCUUUUUUGUGAGGAGCAUCAAUCUAUGCAGUCAUCAUGUCUAUCAGUCCAACACUCCCAGAAGAAGAUGGAUGCAGGAUGCUUGUUGUUCCUGAUCUAUCACACUCUUCUGAGGUAACAUCUCCAUCAUCAUCACCAUUUUGUGAGCAUUGCCAAUAAACAGCUUUAUUAGGCUUUUAAAAUACAUCUCCAGGGACUCACAUGAGACAAAAGGAGGUUUUCUCCUUCAGGGAUGUUCUCUACAAUAGAGUUCAUUUUUCUAUUUCCUCUUGAGGCUCAAAGCUGAUUCUCCUGUGAGAUUAUCCAUCAGAUGACAACGAUUUUCGGACCUGAGUUGAGCAUGUUGUCUGACUACUGUGUUUAUCACAAUAUGCCGAGUGACUAUCUACACAAGUUACAUAUGUGUUCUUUUCUCAAACUCAUUAACACCAAUUAGGUUUUGCCCAGGCUGUGUAAAAAAGGCAGCAUUGUAGUACAUGAUUUUAUUAGCAAUAGGUUUGCACAGGUGAUAAUCACAUGUUGAUUUCAUCAUUUCUUGACUUUUUACGCUGACACAGCAAAUUUAUAAAGGGGAUUUUAAACUGAAACAAUGAAUUUCUUUCAUUAGACAAACAAACCCCACAGCUUUUACAGUUGUUUAGUAUUGGAACAGUGAGGCCAAUUCCUUUAUUUUUGCUGCAGACAUGAAAAGAUGAACAUGAGAGCAGAGAGCAACAUUAGAGUUUUUAUUUGCAGGUAUUUCCAUCUGGAUAGGAUGCACAGCUUAGAAGAUGGCCCCAUCUGUUUCAAGCCAGUCAGUUUUCAUGUGUUGGAACAUGUGACAGACAAGAGUGUUUCCUUGUCCUUUUACUUGACUGACUGCUGUUUCAUUGCGUCAUUUCAUUCUUAUAUUUAUGUGUGUCAUGUGUGUGAGUGACAUAGGACUUAAAUGAGAUACCACUAACACCAAAGCCAAACAACUUGCAGCAAAAGCACCGCUUUAAGGCAAUAAAAGAGAGUGAUUUUAUGGUUUGCGCUUGUAAGCAAACUAACAGAUGACUAUUUUGUUUUACGAAAAAAGGGAAGAUAUAUAUUUAAUACUAAGGCUGUCUGGACAAUAAAAAAAGAAAGAAAAUUGAAAUGACUUGAACUUGUAGCUGCAAAGAUAUAUCAAAGUACAAAAGAUGGGUUAUGACUACGCUAGUCGUCAGUAUGAAAGAAAGAAAUAACUUUGGUAUUAUGCAUGUUUAUUUUCUUUGGUGUUUUAGUAAAGGAUUAGAGCAUUAAAUCAAAUACUGUGCUCACAUGUCAUUUCAUCAACUAUUUCUCUGCUGGUGUUGGUUUUUAUUUUGGUGUGAAUGUCAAGUGAAAAUAGAACAAUAUAAGUUUCCUUUGUAGCAAUAAGUCAAGAUGUCCAAGUGUUGCAUAGCUCAUCUACGUCUUGUACAUAUAUACACAUUCCUUCAUCACUGUGGACUGUCACUUUUCACUUUCCAUUUGACUUUCAAAGGCUGUGGAUUGUUAUGAGUUGUUAAUGUAUCUCUGCUUUUAGAAAAAUAGUGCACAUUGAAAGAUCUUACACUGUUUACGUUGAUCACUAUGUCGGAGUUCAUCCACGUGGGCUGUGAUGUUGGCUGAGCAUUGAUUGAUAUCAUUGUAGUGUUCAUCAUAUUGUACGUGUACAUACAGUAUUGUGCAGCGUAUCGUGUUGUCAGUCCAAAGCACUUUUUUCACUUGGAGUAGAGUACAGCGGAUCCCUGCACAUUUGCCAAUCUGCAUCUGUCAAUCAUUUGCAAAACUUUGGCCAGAAAUGACUUAUUUUAGCGUUUGGGUUAGUGUUGAGGUUUCUGUGUUUUCUCCCUCUGAAAUUAGCUUGUUUUUUUCUGCACGUCACUCAUUCCAACUGGGAAAUAAUUGGUGAAUAUGUGAUACUACAGGUAACAUGUACAGCGUAGCAGACCACAGUUAUUACAUCUUUAUGCUUCACAAUCUUUUCAAAUGGAAGAUUGAAAGUCAAUUGAAUAUGUAUCCAAGACGCACAGAACAUGUGAAGCAUUAAGAGUUUGCACUUUAUUCAGCAUCCCUUGAACGCACCAUAGUUGUGGGCUGAAGUUCUGUCUAGAACUAUAACCAUGACUAAGUAUAUGUACGUUUUUCAGAAACUGCCACAGAUGAAUAAAUCCAUGUGUUGAUGGAUUAUCAUUGACUAGCGGUGAGCAGUUAUACAUUUGAUACUUGACAUGUGUGUAGCAAUAAAUGUGUGAGGCAUGUUUAGGGAUUAAAUAUGGAUUGUGUUAUGAGUAAACAUUGACAAUUGAAGAGAGAAGGCGAGGGUUCCGGAGCUAAUCAUUACAACACUCGCUUUUAUUGCAAAUGUUGAUAUGAAAUUGAAACAAAGGUCAACAUCGAGCUAGCAGGAGGGCUUGUAGGGGGAGGAGUGAGAAGUGUGACCUCUUUAUGUAUCAAUUACACCAUUACAUUUGCUGGUGGGUCCAGAACGGAAGGGCAGGGAAAAGCGGGGAUCUGUUGUAUUUGCAAUCUUUCUCCUGUCGUUUGACACUCUUUCAAAUAUGAAAUUCCAAAACUGUCAACUAAUAAAACCAAAUGUUUCAAGUAAUCCUGAUGUCUGUCAUUUUCAGAUAGUGCUUUGACAGGACGAUGUAUUCACAGUAUGUCAAGGUGGUCUGUGCUUGGAUUCUCUUUGGAGAUACUGUAGUUUUACGGGAGAGAAAUGAACAUUGACAUGACGAGCGACAUCUCUGCUGUACAUUCCUGCAGUCGGCAUGCCUAUUAAACACUGACACAUUGCUGUGUGACAAAACUGCACAUCAUGGGGAGACUUUUUAGUGUGGCCAGCUGAAGGCAGGCUGUGUCAUCAGCAUGCCACACCUUUGAGGUGGAUGGAUUGUCUCUGUGCUCACUCACACACAUUUAGACACAACAUUAGCAACUAUAUUAGAGAGAAAUAGAACGUUUGUGUCAACUUCUGCUACUAGCUCUUUUGAAUCCCCCGUAUGUCUCAACAACCUCGCUGAAUGACACUCCCUCGUGUAAAAGCAUGAAAGCAGCAAGGACGUCAUUCAUUGACAUGCAAACUUUCCAUGAGCAUUUUUCUACAUAUUUUAGCAAUGCCAUGCAUCACCUGAGGUCCCACAAAAACACUCAUCAACUAUUCCAUCCAUUCAUUAACUGGACAAGUUAUGUAAUUUAUGCACAAAUUGAAUUUAUACAAUUCAUCAUGUGCGAUUUAUGCAGAAAACGUAUGGAAAAUGUGGAAUUAGGGGUGAACGGGUAAUUGCUGGAAAGCAUAAAAUUGUUAAGAGGGGAUGUUUUCAUGCUUUCAAUUCUUUGAAAAAUGCUGAAGUUGGAAGAAUCAAUAAGAUGAAACUGUAAGAAUCAAUAAGAUGAAGACUGUGUUUGGAAAAUGUGUCAUUUGUGAAAAAGUGUGAAUUUGUGCAAUGUGGAAUCUUGUUAGUCCAAAUGUCGUCACGUUGGAAUGCUUUGACUAGAACUUUUCUGUUUCAGUAACAAUGCUGUCAUGCAAAUGUGCAAUUCCAAUUAGCCUUCACACAAUGACACAGGUGGUGUAAAAGUAGUAUUCUUCUCACUACUAAAAGUUGCUCAUCACGCGUCAUGCCAACUAUAGCAUAAUAGCAACAUACAGUAUAUCAUAAAUAAAGGAAGCAGGCGAUGGCACAUCGUCUCAACUGUAGUAGGACAACAUCCUUUUUGGCACAAUGACAGGACUUGUUUGUUUUGGAAAUGUGAUACUAUGUCAUGUAAAGAAAUACUAACAGGCGUAUGAAUGAAUAUUGCAAUCUUGAUUGAUGAGGGGGAUGGAUAUCUGGAUGGCUGUGUGUGUUUGUGAUCAUGUUGAAGAUGGGGAGUGAACAUAUGAGAAGGGAAGGCAUCCAGACUGCAAGAGAGAAUGUGAUCAGGUAUCACCUUGAUAUCACCUUCACAUCCUACAUGGAAUCAUCAUCUCUCUGCUCAAACCCCUCUCUUCUUUGGGACAACAGGAAGGAUUCCCACACUGCAAGGCACUGCAAGCAAACAUCAUUUCUCAUCAUUCCCACACAUCAAUUUUUCCUUGUCCAAGCUUGGACCCCCCUGAGCUUCGAUCAAUCUACUCUGCUCAAUCUACUGUAUGCAAUGUACUGUAUGCAAUCUACUGUAGUGAAUGUACUGUACAUGUUUUUGGAGUACUGGAGGAAGGAAGCCAGAGAGCCCAAGUGGAGCACACGUACUGUCAUGUUUGAGUUUGUUACCUUUUCAUAGCAUUCCACAUUCUUCUCAGCUGUUGAGACGAAGGCUGACUUGAGGUCACCUCUGACAGUCUUCUGCCAGUAGGUCCAAUCGCUCUUCAACGCAUUGUUGGCCAAUUCCAUCCGAUCCGCCAGCCCGUCCACUUCUUCCUGUAGCUGACCCUAAGAAUAGCGACAACAAACACUUCAGGGAUUCAGCACCUUUUAAAUAAAUAUUCCCUGAAAUGUUUGCCACUCCCCUCCGUGAAUCACCACCUUACCAUGGUGGAGGGGUUUGUGUGCCCGAGUGAUCCUAGGAGCUAUGUUGUCUGGGGCUAUAUGCCCCUGGUAGGGUCUCCCAAGGCAAACAGGUCCUGGGUGACGGGCC